UAUCACUGGAAGGUAGACAUGUUGGUCUUGUGCAACUCUUGGCUUAAGACCAAGGCUAAUAUAGCAGUGAUAUCAUCCCAAGCGCCAUACCCGUCUACCUUGCAUGCAGGCACUUUACCCGCUCACACACCAGUUUAUUGUACGGUGUCCUAGUUCGACGUUCUGAACACUACAUAGCACCAUCUGUUUCAUCUCCAGCCUUACUGUCAUACUGCUGAAACAUCGCAAAUAAGGGUCUCGUCGCUACCGCCCGCCCCGUCACACAGUUCCACGUGACUUAGCAUAUCUUCCGCAACAUCGGACCGAUUCAGCUCAAGCGAGAUGACCCCUCCAAACAUUCCACUUGUGUACCGUGCGUGGCACCUCUGGAUCGAGCCCGCAAUGGCGCUCAAUGGCGCUCGAUACCUCUGGUCCCAGCCAGAUACCUACCACGAGUUCUUGCCUGUUACGGCGACAUGGAGUCCCAAGUCGCAAAUCAUUUACGACCAGCUCGCAGCGACCUACAUGCUGUUCGCAUUCAACCAGGCUGUCACGCUUAGAGCAGUGCACAAUGUGUACGUUUGGAAGGUGAUGCUCUUUGGUAUGGCACUGUGCGAUGCCGGGUACAUGUACUCGGUUUGGGCGGAGAUGGGUACGAAGGAGAUGUUUACACCAGGAAAUUGGAGACCUCAUGAUUGGGUGACGAUGGUAUCGACCGUAGGCCCAUUCUUCCUGAGGCUCGCCUUUGUACUUGGUGUGGGCCUGGGGGGUGGCCAGAGAGGAAGGAAGAGGGCUUGAGUCUGGCGGUCUGAAUGUCCUGCUAUUGGCGACAAGUCUUUGCGUAGUCCUGUAGAUAAGGCGAGAGAUGCAUCUCCCACACUGGUUCAUGUCGGAAUUAUCUUCUCCCUGGACCAAGCGUUCGUCUGGCUGGUGCGCUCUCCACGUAGAUCUCCACAUAUCUUCCGGUUGAACCAUCCGUUUUGCACCGAAUUUUGAGACCGCCGUCGCCCUCUACUUCGUACGUGGGUUCGUCGUCCGAAGCGUAAUAUCUGUCGAACAGGAAGACAUUGGCGACCUGCAUGUUUGCUUCUUGUAAGCUCUCGUACGCUCCUACCACAUCCUUCGAGCUAUCCAUAUAAUCGCUUUUAGUAUCUGUGAUGAUUUCCCACACAGUACCUGG